ACAGCAGUCGGCGUAUCCACCUCAACAACGCAGAGAGAUCUCUUCUAGCAAACCCUUUAGCUCCAAUGAUCAACUUUCAAAAUAGGUAUUUGAACUUAGAACCAAUCACAUCCUAACACUUCUCUAUAUAACCAUAGUCCAAUAGCUACAAGUUUCUCAAAAACACAAAAAAGAAGCCCAAUAGCUAGAUUGACCACACCUAUUCAAAAACAUAAAAUUUAUCUGAAAAGAAAACAUUAUAGUGAAAACAUGAAUCCCAUUUCAAGCCUCGUCUUUGUGCUUCUUUUGACUGUCUUUCCAACCCAAAUUCUUUGCCAAACCCCCUUGAUUGAACAAGCUUGUGGUUAUACCAUUUACAAGGUUCUGUGCCUAGAAACUCUUGUACCGGACUCUGAUGCCCAUUCAGCUACAGAUCUCAAGACUUUAGCCAAAGUUGCAUUAAAACAUACAGAGAAUCAAGCUACCGAUAUAGAUAACAAAAUCAUCCAACUGAUAAAUUCAGCAACGGGGGACGUGAAGCCAGUCCUAAGCAAUUGCUCUGAUAAAUAUUUAACUGUAGUUGAGAAAAUACAGGCCGCGGAAAGUUACUUCGCAUAUGGCGACGUUGAUGGUGCUAAAACCUGGCUGAAAGAGGCCACGGUCAAUAGAGACAAGUGUGACGAAGGUUUCAAGGGUAAACCCUUCAAGUCUCCAAUAUCUGACUUGACUAACAAACUUGGCAUGAUGCAAAACAAUGCGGAAUCCAUUAUCGCUCACAUCUAAGCCUUGAUUCCACGUUGACAUGAAUAAAAUUUCCAACAAUCAAGUUGGUGCUCAUCUA